CCGGAAGUGACGUCUGAGCGAGUCAAGCCUGGUCCAAGAAGAAGCAGGAUGGGAUGCAGAGUAUCCCGUCCCGGGCAGCGAUGAGCUCCAUUUCUAAAUCCUGUGGGAAUUCUUUGUUAUAAAACAGUUCCUGAUCUAAAGUUGAAAAGAGAUGGCUUAUGUAAGAGACAUUUUCUUCAAGAAGUUGCUCCUUAGGAUUCAUGUGGACUAGAGAUUCAUUGGCUACUAUAAUGGAAAAAUCAUGGAUGCUUUGGACUUCCAUUGAAAAAUGGCUGCUUGCUUUGGUGUCAUGGUCCUGGGGUGUCUGCCGUAUUUCUCUCUUACCUUUGAUAGUGACUUUUCAUUUGUACGGUGGCCUGAUUUUACCUCUGUUAAUAUUUGUAUCUAUCACAGGUAUAUUAUAUAAAUUCCAGGAUGUGUUGCUUUAUUUCCCUGAGCAACCCUCUUCAUCAAGACUCUAUGUUCCCAUGCCUACUGGCAUCCCACAUGAGAAUAUAUUUAUCAAAACCAAAGAUGGUGUGUUGCUCAACCUAAUUCUUCUCAGAUUCACAGGUGAUAAUUCCUCAUAUUCUCCUACUAUCAUUUAUUUUCAUGGGAACGCAGGCAACAUUGGGCAUCGACUACCAAAUGCUUUAUUGAUGCUGGUAAACCUGAAAGUAAAUUUAUUAUUGGUUGACUAUAGAGGCUAUGGGAAGAGUGAAGGAGAAGCAAGUGAGAAUGGCAUCUAUUUAGAUUCUGAGGCUGUUCUAGACUAUGUGAUGACUAGAUCAGAUCUUGACAAGACAAAAAUUUUUCUUUUUGGUCGUUCAUUGGGGGGAGCAGUUGCUAUUCACCUAGCCUCUGAAAAUUCUCAUAGGAUUUCUGCAAUCUUGGUGGAGAAUACAUUCCUAAGUAUCCCACACAUGGCCAGCACUCUGUUUUCUUUUUUCCCUAUGAGGUACCUUCCUUUAUGGUGCUAUAAGAACAAGUUCCUGUCUUAUAGAAAAAUAUGUCAGUGCAGGAUGCCUUCACUGUUCAUUUCUGGACUUGCUGACCAAUUGAUUCCUCCAGUUAUGAUGAAGCAACUUUACGAACUUUCCCCUGCUCGGACUAAAAGAUUGGCAAUAUUUCCAGAUGGAACUCAUAAUGACACUUGGCAAUGUCAAGGCUACUUUACUGCACUCGAACAGUUUAUCAAAGAAGUUCUAAAAAGCCACUCCCCUGAAGAAAUGGCAAAAAUGACAUCUAAUGUAACAAUAAUAUAAUUGUAAUUCCAGUCUGUCUUUCUGAUAAAACUGCAUUGUACCUGGAUUUGUGGGAAGUGAUCAUUAAUUACCAUUUUUAAAUGUGUAUUCUGUAUGUAUUUAUCUUUGAAAAGUGAAAUUAAACAUGGAGAUAUCUACUGA